AUGGAAGACUGUUUCACUGUAGUGUACGUACACUGGUACACACUACCUUCACCGACGUAUUAGGACUCAUCUCUUACCUGUUCCUGUUUAAUGUCUCUAUUGUCUUCGUGUCCCCGUCUCUGAGAGUCCGUGAAUUUUGUAUUAAAAUUGCUGCCCCAGUGUUUUGUGUGAAUGAAUCAAUAAAGAUUGCCUUUAAGCCCCGUCUUUUGAGACAAUGAAAUACGUAGUUUUUAGAUUUUUGAGGGUUUGAUUUCUAUCACGUAUUUAAUAUAGUAUUCUAGCUUUCCAAAUAUGUCUGGUUGAAAUUGAACCCUUAAUAACGACAUGUUGGGGUACUCUCAUUGUCAUGAAUAACUGUGAAUCGAAAAGAAUCAUAAAUUAAGCAGACUGCACAGACGCACUGCAGUUUUGAAAUUAUGGAUCCAUCAAUAUUUCUACCAUACGCACCGCCUAACGGGCUUCCACAAGAAUCGAAGCUAGUUACAUACAUGAGUCGCUCAACUUCGACGCCCACACGCUCUCUUAACCAUGCUAUAGGGAAGCUCACUUUGGAUUCCUCACCACCAGGUGUUAAGAAGGUAUUGGUGAGCGAAUUUAUUCCGAUGAACUACUAUGUUCCGCCACCGAAUAUGCUUCCCCCAGAAUCACCUGAGGGUCCACCACCACCUCCUAUACCAAUGGCGAAUGCUUCAACUGUCCAUCAGGAGAACGUGGGAGGAACUACCUAUUUCUACUCGACCAAUUCAGACAGCCUCAAUACCACUAGCGGUCUUAAUUCAUCGGCUUCCAUGGUAUGGCUAACAAUACCAGAAGAACCGUGCAUGGACUACUCUCUGCUGAGCACCGCAAGACCAUAUCCAUUGGUAUACCCAUAUUUCCACCAACCAGGUCCGUCUGAGCCAUGUCUAAACGCAGUAGGGCCGCCGAUGGUGUCUCCGUAUGCUUCGCAGAUGUACGCUGGGGCCUUACCGCAGCCAGGGCCGUCCACCAACAAACAAGGUCUAGCGGCGACUUUUUACAAUCCCGAAACAAUACGGUCUGAGAUCUACGACAGGAAUGAUGAUGUUUAUUUGCAGCCUGAUCUCAAUCAGUUUCCAGAUAUACCGGACAGCGUGGACAUGUACGCCGAGCUGGUACCCCUGGAGGGUGCCGUGACGCAUUCGAUGUCGACAUCGUACCGCGCUACUAACCGUCAGAACGGUGAUUAUGUGGCUCUAAGGAGGCUCCAUUCUUACACGUCGCCGGCCUCCAAGCGUCUUGAAAUGUGGAAGCAGAUCGACCACCCGAACAUUGUGCGUCUGGAAGAAUAUUUCAGCACCAAGGCUUUUAACGAUAUAUCACUGGUCCUGGUGUACCAGUAUCAUCCAGCCGCUGUGACUCUGAUGAACAAGUAUUUGUCCGGAAACGGAAACAACUCCGCCGAGGGUGGAGCUGCUUAUCAUGAUCCGUUCUCUUCGGACCCGGAUGCACCGCGUCCGUAUACCCAUCAGAAAAAUGCCAUGCUCCGUGCGGUCGCAUGCGGUGCUUUGCUUCCGGAAGCUGUGUUGUGGAGUCUGCUCGUGCAACUGACGGCCGGCUUGCGCGCCAUACAUACAGCCGGACUCGCCUGCAGGAGCCUGGAGCCGACCAAGGUGAUCAUGAACGGAUGUCGAGUCCGAAUUGCAUGGUGCGGUGCUGCUGAUGCUCUACACAGCAACACCAAUGAUGUAGUACAGGCUCAGCAAGACGAUCUGACCGCUUUGGGCCGGCUGGCACUGGCUCUAGCCUGUCGCACCAUACAUUGCGACAACCUCGCAGCGUCCAUGGAACUCGUCGCUAGGACCUACUCUGCGGAUCUGAAGAACCUAAUUCUGUAUCUGCUGUCAUCCUCGCCUGCGCGUCGUUCCGUUAUCGACCUUAUGCCUAUGAUCGGAGCUAGGUUCUAUACUCAGGUGGAGGCACUGGAGAGACGCGCUGAUGCGUUUGAAGAUCAGCUGUCCCAGGAGAUAGAUAACGGUCGUCUCCUCCGCAUAUUAAUCAAGCUUGGCAUUGUCAACGAGCGUCCAGAAUUGAAUCUGGAUCCUGCUUGGUCGGAGACCGGAGAUCGCUACAUGCUGAAGCUGUUCCGUGAUUAUCUGUUCCAUUCAGUGACGACUGACGGCCGUCCUUGGCUGGACCAAGCGCACCUAACGCACUGCCUGAACCAGCUCGACGGAGGAACUGCUGCGAAGGUGGAGCUGAUGUCUCGCGACGAGCAAAGCGUCCUGGUCGUGUCCUACGCUGAGCUGAAGCACUGCCUCGACCAAGCCUUCGAGGAGGUGAUGCAAGCCUCCGAGCCCGAUUCCUAGCUAGCACUGAACGCUGGGCCUAUGUCUGUGCCCGAGCCAGAGCCCGAGCCGGAAUACGGCUCCGGCUACACCAAUAGCAUACCCAUCAGGCACGGCGACGACCUGGGCUACGUGACCAACGCGUACGGCUUCAGCUUUAGUUUCGGUUAUAUCAACGGGUUCAGCAGGGAGAACAACGUUCCAAUAAACAAUCAGUUUAAUGAGCGCGACAACAACGGCGACGGCGGUAAUGGCGACAACGGCGAAUACUUCUUUGGCGGCCCAGGUAAUGGCAACCGCUGCAGUUGCGGCCACGAUUACGAAUACAUGGAGUAGUUCGCUAAAAAAACGUGACAUUCUCGACUAUAUGUAUUCAUUCAUAUCCGUAUAUAUAUAAUAAUCAAUUCAAUGUUUGUUAGUCAGGUUGAUGUAUUACCACGUAUUCGUAUUCGGAUUGUGUACCAGUAAAUGUGCUGCGAGCACUGUUUACGUACUUAGGAAACAUCGUCCCGAUCAGGACUUGUACUUACGGACAUUUGAUUCUAUGUUUGUCCAAGAUAAGAUUGAAUUGGAUUGCAUCGUACUGGGCUAUGUCCCUGUACGGGGUUCAUUAGGAACCUUUUUCUCGAACAGAGGUUUUUUUUAAAUCUUAUAAUAAUAAACAUAUAUUAAUCACACUGAAGAUUUCAGAUAGUUAUUAUAAACAAGUUUAAUCAUUAUAUACUCCCUUUUGUGUGAACGCAUUUUUAUUCGUAGUAUUUUUGUAGUAGUACACAUGUAUGUUCUACACGUAAUAUACAGGAUGUAAUAGGACUUCCGGUGUCAAUACACUACACCACAUCUCGUUAUUCGAAAACAGAAUUAGGAAUAUAACCCGAAGGUUAUAUAGAUUCAGUAUUUCGUGAUCCCGCAAUGAAUGCGUACAAAAUUCGGGGUCAACAACCGCACCCAGUAUGCAACAAGCGAUGGAACCUCGUCCAAGUCUCUUUCGCGGCGUCAGCCAAUCACUUAUUGUGUUAUGUACGAUCAGCAGUAGAAUUGCAUGGGAUAAAUAAUUUAUUAUAUAUUAUAUAAAGAUGAUUUUAUAUAAAUAAUAUAUUAAAUAUAAAGACAAUUAUUGUCUUUAAUUUCGAGAUCUUGUUCUAUUACAUCCUGCAUAUCAUAACAGCGAUGCGUCGGAGUUAAAUAAUUAAUCAUGUAGAUUUAAGUCAUUGUCGAGAAUGAUCACGUAAGCCGUUUUAUUACAUUUCAUUAGUAUUUAUAUAAUAAUAAACGUAGUGUUUAUAUGUAAUAGUAAUGGUGGAAUUAUGAUUCUGAGGUGUAUUGGUCCGGUGUUCGAUCGUUGCCUGCAACAUUUUUUUUUUAAUAUGAACGCCUAACCUAUCUACGUAAAUGAACGGUAGAUUCAAAUUAAUUAACAUCAAUAAAACAGAUGUAAUGGCUUAAUUAUGAAUAAAACAUACCGUUUCUUUUUCUUCUAUUGUGGGUAUGUAACGACAACUCGGAUUGUUAAACGAUCUCAUUUUCAAAGCGAACCUAUGAGGGGACCGCGUCAAUCGCGCCGCUCUAUUUAGUGUUUUUUUUUUCCAAGAUAACUUAGCAAUUAAACCAUUUCGUAUAAUAAUCAUAAUCUAUAGUAUUUCCGGAGCGCCUAAUGGCUGCACGCUAAGAUUUAGCCGCCCGAACAAACAUUCCAAGCUAUCAAUGUGUAACGAUCAAAUGUUUUGUGGAUUAUUGGUAUGAUGACGGCGCCGUCCAUCGAUGAGCGUUUCGCGACUAACGACGGUAGUGUCGACCAAAACGAUCAUUUUGGAGCACGAACACGUUUAUUUUGGAUUACAUCGACUGUCGUGUAUUGUGCGAAUUUGUGUUUUUUUUUUUUGUCCGAAAAGCGCAAACGCUCAUUUUGUACUUUGGUCACGUAGAUCUGAAUUUGUAUUGGGCCUUUUAUGUGUACUUACAAGUCAGCUGCAAGACCCAAAACAGCAGGCAUGUGACCGUCGACAACGGUUGUGUUUUUUAAUUAAAUUUUUUUUUUUCUAUUUUUCAUAUCCAUUUUUUUUUCUUAUAAUUUUAUUGUGAAGUUAACGAACCACCAAAUUAAUAGGAAACGUAUUACAAUUGAUUAUGUAUCGGCUGUUUCUACUUAAGAGUAGUAUUAUAGAAGCCUAUUGGCUGCUGGAGUGGCAGGAUAUUCACUUAACAAUUUUAAUAGACUUGAAAAAAAAACUUAAUUUUGCAAAAUGGUACUGCAUUUUCAAACCUCAAAAAAUAUUUUCUUUAUAUGCACUGCUAUACAUUGCAUGGUUAAAACGUUUACUUUAUAUUUAUUAUUUAAUAGUAUAUUUUUUUUCUUGAUUUAGCAAAUUCCGAUCUAUGUAAAGAUGGACAUUUGUAAUGGAGAACGAAAUAUUUUCUGAUAAUUGUAAGUGUACUUCUUUUUAAUAAAUAAAUAAAGCUCUGA